AUGUCGGCCAACGCUCAGUCCACAGCUCUUGUCAAUCCAUAUGCGGGUUACAAAAUUCAGCCCAAAUUCAUCACCCUUGAUCCUGAAUCUCCCCAAGAGCUCCGCAAAGGGGAAGUGAUUGCUCGUGCUCUAGACGGCUUCAUGUUUCUCAAAGGGACCAAAUACGCAUACCCCCAUCAAGGUGCUGAUGCAUAUUGGUGGAGGGGUAUCAUUGCAUUUGGAUUUGUGACGCCGUUGUGCGGCUCUUUCAAAUACUUCACGUGGUCGGGACAUUGGGGAGCUGACUGGGAAGAGAAGCACUUAGAAACCAUCAUAAUUACAAACAUUGUCCACAUAUCCAAGGAAAAGAACAUUAACUGGCAAAAUGGGACGGAGGACAUACUCUGGAUAGAAACAAAACAUGGCUAUAGCUACGCUUUGCUGGAGCCCGACGCGCAGUACAAUGGGGGCUAUUGGCGACCGGUAACGGAGUCUUGGGCAAGUACCUCGGCUGAUGGUGUUUCAGCUAGUCCCGCUUUCAAACCACUGCCGUGGCAUAGCCCAAGGCCUGCAUGGUGGGACGCAUUGGGAGACAAGCAAUGGGAGUACCUCGUCAAUACAUACUGGAAAAGUGACGCUUCCGAGGCGUGGUCGGAUUUGCCAACUGGUGAUGAUCAGUCGCAAGCAAACUUGGAAACCACGGUUGCCGCUUCAUCCCUGCCGCCUCCGGAAUAUAUCACUGUGGACUCUGGAUCGUCAAGUGAGGAGGAACCAGCUGUGGUGCUUGUCCAGACCAAGCCGCCAGUUACAAAGGGCGAGAAACGAGUAAACCGGAAGAAGAAACAACAGGCCUCAAGUCGAUCUGGUGCACGGUCGUCAUCAAAGUCAAGCAAGAAAACGAAAUACAAGAAGGUCAAGGUGGCCGACGCUCCUGAUUCUGGUGAGGAGAAGGUUACCACAUCUGUCCGGGGCUCUCGGGGCAAGGCAUCCAAAUUGCCUUCCCAAGUACAUCUGGGAAAGGGUAAGGCACGCCAAGAUCAAGAUAACAACCGGAAGCGAAGAGUGUACUCCGGUCAAAGAGAGGCUUCCACAUCUCAGAAGAGAAGAGUCACAGAGCCAAUUUAUGUUGAAUCUAGCUCAGACGAGGAUGAAAAAACCGUGUCUUCACCGGCCUCAGACUUGCCAUCUGCAAGCAAAGAACUUUUGGAAAUAGGGAAUAUUGACUCUCAAAUGACCUUCCCCAGCAAUUCUGUCAGCUCAGCGCCGUCGUAUAAGGUUUUGGAAAACUGA